AUGUAUCGACGCAGCGAUCCUCGCUUCCGCCGUACCAUCAAUGAGAUCUCCCAGACCAUCGAGAGCGCCAACGAGUCCGCCCAAGCCAACAUCUUUACCUUUUCCCACCGAUACCUUGGUCCUUGUUUCUCCUCCAUUGGAAGCUGUCUCCAAUCCACAUGCUCCUCCUUUCCAUGCUGCGACGAUCGCCUACAUCGGAAUCGCGCCCGUACGCGCACUCGCCCGGAGCUGAGCUUCGACUUCUAUGACGACUGGGAUGAUGACGAAACCGCCGGUCUGCUAGCAUGGGACAAUGGUGACUUUGACACACUACAAGCUGGAGGAUAUGGCGCCGGUGCUGUUUCUGACCAACCCGCCCGUGAGCGUGCCAUGAGCUAUGGUGCUCGACGAGACAAGUACGGUCGUCGCAAGAGCCAACCGCGGGACGAUCCUGAUACAGACCCUACCCUCAUCCCUGCCUCUUCCUAUUUCGGCUUCCUCGGCAAGUUCUCUAGUAGACUUACUGGAGCCAAGACUCUGCGGUACAAACCUUCGGCCGCCGAUUUACAAGAGCAUCCAGGUGCCUCAAGGAACAUGCCUCAACUCACAGAGGAGGAGGAAGAUGAUUUUUCUCCUAGAAAGAGAAGUAACACCGCUGGAAGCAACGGUACCGCCGACUCUUUCAGCUCGAGGGGCGAUCUUNUUCCCAGUGAAGAUGAAGACGACGCUCGCGAGCUUGACGAUGAAUUUGCUAUGGUCCUCGAACGUCGCACUACAGGCGCUGGGCUGGAAGAUGUAGACAAUAAUGGUAAACCUCGCCGUCCGGGGAAACGCCCAAGCACUGGAUCUCGAUUGUCGACGCGGACCAUGUCGAGCAGAAGUACACGCAGCUCAAAACGGCGGUCUCGUGCAGCUAGUACUUCGCCAUCGAGAGAAGCUACCGUUGAACCCAAGCUUAUACCAUCCCUGGCAGAACUCAAGCAGGAAGAAGAAAGGGUGCGAGAAGAGGAAGAGGCUGCCAUCGCUAGUAAGAGAGAUGCUGCACGGGGUCUUGCACUGGAGCGUGGGCUAAACGUGAACGGAUCAUCACCUAUUGCUUCUGUCUCACCGUCCGGUGAAUCAAAACCGGCAGUGAGUCCCGAUGUUACACAGGAUGUGCACAGUGACCAGGGGUUGGAGCAGAAGUUGCCAAUGACCUCUGAACGUCUCGAGAACGACAAGGUAACGAGUAGCGACACGGUUCCAUUCCCAAGCUUCAAUUUGGAAGAGAUGGCAACGCCAGAGGACGACUCUGAUUUCGUUCCAGCCCAAUUACCACGGUUCACGGGCUCACGAUGA